AUGAUGCUUAUCAGGUUACUGGCUGUUCUGGUCCUGUUGACAAUGUCAGCUUCGUUCCCGUUGUUUAACAACUCGCUCUCCAGGAACGUCCCCAGCACAACACCGACUGUCAUUCACCAUCGCCAUAAGGCUCCUAAGACUUUGCGAGACCAUACCACAAACGUGAUUUCCAGCAACACAACCGACACAAGCACCGACGACGCAGUUUGGCUUCCAAAGAAGAGGCAAAAGUUCGACGAAACAAGCACCUUCUGCUUACUAAACCCUACUGGCCAUGGCCUUGAUCUUUCACCCAAUCCUCUAACUCUCUUGGAAAGGUGA